UGUUUUAAUCUGUGUUUCACUGGACAGUGGUCGUUCGUAUCGUGUCCACGAGUAUUUUUUUUUUAUCCAGUUAAAAAGACAGUGUUACACGAAAGUUUAGGUAAAAACAAAAAUGUUUUACUUACUAUAUGAAAUGGUAAUUCGCUUCGGUAUAACUGACAGGGGAUUUUUUUUGUUGUUAUGAAUUUAAUUUGUGUAAAUGAAAUUGUAUAAUUUUGUUCAGUUUUCAUUUCAAAUAACAUAUAGGUACAUAUUAAGUAAAUUACCUACGUGAAUAAUUGUAAAAAGGCAAAGAUGAGGAAUCAUUAUCAAUUUUUGAAUGAUCUGUUACUGUUAACUCUUCUGCUGUCAGUGAGUACCCGAGCGCAGCCGCUAGGGUGCCCUGAAGACUUCAACCUCACCUACAAUUCCUUCGACAAGAACUAUGUUUGCUAUCGACUAAAAAAUGCAGAAAUAUACUCUGAUAAAUAUAGACACUGCAACGGAAAUUUCUACAAUUUAGAAACCUUUCAUAGGCUCAAUAUUGACACUAAUAUAGAAAGGAAGCUUUGGAUUGAAUACAGCACUUUGUAUCCUGGUGGUCCAUUCAUUGAAUCGAAAUACAGCAAAGACAAACCAAAUAUAAUAUUCAACAUAACCAAUAUUCAACACGUAGACGAUUCUACAGAUUUAUGCCUUAUUACACAUAAAAAUGGUUACAAAGCGGUUAAAUGUACAGAUCAUUAUCAGAGGUAUUGUUUCGUGAAACCUAUUGAUACAAAAAAUGUGGAGAAUUGCGACGAUCACUAUGAAUCUGCGAAAUUCUAUUCUCCCGAGCCAAUGUGUUUAAUCAAGAUAAUAAAAAAGGAUGGAAUUACAUGGAACGAGGCAAAGGAUUUAUGCGAAAAUAAAGCUCAUAGAUUGUUGUCGAGAGCAUGGUUUUAUAUAAACUCAGAUUUCUUUAAUUCUUCAAACCUAUAUCCCGUGGAUAAAAUGAAUUUUGAAAAAACGUAUUCAAGGAUGCAUUAUGUGGCUGUGAAUAGCAAAUGGCAAGAAUGGGGAGUCAUGAAAGAUGCCGAACUGGGACGUGUUGAAAAAACCUAUAAGUAUACAGAGAUUAUUUGUGAAAAAGAUAUAAUUAAUGAUAUUAUAUUGGAGCUCGGUAUCAAUGAUAAAAACGAACUCAUUCUUGAUAUCAACUAUAAUUCGAACGAAAGUUAUAUCCACUGUUUCACAGACUCAGAAACAUAUUAUCCGACUUAUGUUAAGAUCAAUCGAAUAAAAGAUGACUUUGAUUAUCUUUUAACACCAACGGGCGAUGGAUACUACUGGUGUGUUCACGUCCACACAAAUACAAGACCCAUAUUUUCCAAUCGAAUCCUUUUUGUUAAUAGCGGAGCGAAUCUGUGGUACAUGUAUGCCAUUAAAAUUAGAGUGAAUGAAUAUGAUAUUGAAGCUGUCGAUAGAUUGAAAAAUUACUGGAAAGAAAAACUGGAUGAAUAUAUUUUACAUGUCUAUAUGUCAAACGAAAAAGAUGACAAACAAAAUAUUGAGAUGGAACUUUCUGAUGAAAACAGAAAUUUAAGAAAUGAGAUAGACAAUAAAGAAUUGGUACACAAUGUUUUUGAUUUGACCGAAUCAGAGAAAAGUGACAAUAAUAUAACUCAUGGUUUAAAACCUAUCGAUGAAAACCAAGACUUGAAAAAUGUAACAAACGAAGAAAAACGGGAAAAAUACGAUUUGAACAUGACAAAAUCAGACAUAAGUGACAAUUCUGAUGAAAAUGAAGACUUUCACGCUAUUACGUAUACAAAAGUUAAGAGGUUGUACUUAGAUAAACGAACAGUGCUCCUGCAUGUGAAAUUAGUUGAGGACUUUAUCAUACGUACACCUGUAGUUUUAGGCGAUUUAGAAUUACUGGACUUGCGACCCGUUUUAUACUGCAAAGGAAGACGUCUUUAUUAUAAAUGCGAUGGAGAUUUCAACAUUGGCAGAUACUGGCAACCCAUAUUAUCAAAACGAGAAUUAAAUAUUGAAGAAAAUGAAGGUUUCAUGCGCGUGAAUCUAACAAAUAUGACAGGACGUAGCCUGACCAAUGAAAUGUGUUUGGAAUCUAAUUGCCAAGAAUAUAUUACAUACCCAUAUACGAUGGACGACAUAUAUACAACGAAUAAUCCAAAUGAGAUCGCAACGACUGACCGAACAACAACUGCAAACGAAACCACAACUACCUAUAUAUCAACAGAUUACUCAUACAAUACAACAACAGAAUGUACCGAAACUACAACUGAUCCGGACGAGACUACUAUACUUCCAACGCUGUCUACGAUCACGACUACCACGCCUAUGCCUAAGGAGCUAAUACAGGAGAUUUUAGAUGAUUUGGACCUAGUUCUGCAGGACGAUUCGGUGCCAAUAAUGAUUGGAGACAUUAGAGACACCUUUGCGCAGGUGAAUAAUCUCUUAGACAUGGUAGACGAGGAAAUGUACAUACCUGAGCGACUACUGCAAUUGCUGGACGAAGUAGCUUCAAGAGUUAAUUUGGAUGGUCAGCCGACAGCCAUGGUAGUGGAGACAAAUGUAGCGAUGUUAAUGGCAGAUUCUACUCCGACUUACCCGGUUUUGGGCAUCAGUGUCGGCGCAAGCGAUACAGAUCAAUUUAACUACGAAUCUUUCGAUUUUAUUAGGCAAUCAAGAGAUCAGCUGUCUUUUAACAAGACGGAGGCGGCGGUGGUUCUCCCGCCCUCCAUCGGGGCCAUAGGCCGGCGGGUCAGCUUUGUGGUGUUCCGCGACGGUCGGGCCUUCAACCCUACGGGGAUGGUGUCUGUCAAUAGCCGCGUCAUUAGCGUCAGUGCCGAGAACAUCACAAGCUUCGGGCAUGGCGAGUUCGUCAGUAUCCACACGAGUCCACUGUUAACAGAUCCGGGACGCAACACGAGUCGCGUGUGUGGCUACUGGCGGUUCGUGCCCAAUCAGCCAGGCUACUGGACUCAAGAUGGCUGCGUUUUCAUCAGGUCAAGGGAUCAACAGACCCUGGACAUCUGCCAGUGUAACCACCUCACUCAUUUUGCGGAAAUAUUAAUACCACGCGCUCAUUUCUCGGAACGCACCGAGAACAUUCUAGAAGCAAUUUCGGUUACAGGAUGUUUGAUGUCCAUUCUAGGUUUGUUAGUAGUGAUUCUAACCAGUGUGUUGAUCGAAUCUUGGAGGAAGAUUUUCCGAAAUCAAAUGUGGUUGCAAAUGUGUAUAGCUAUAUUCGUUAUGAUGAUCUGCUAUAUUGUCGUUGUGUUCGCUGACUUCACCUACAAUACCGGUUCCUGUAUGUUUGUUGGGAUUUUGUUGCAUUAUUCUUUGCUAGCAUCUUUCUGUUGGAUGUUAGCUGUAGCAACUAAAUGUUAUAGAGAUCUAGUGCCGAUUUUCGUUCCCCCAAUGCGUCGUAAAUUAUUGAUAGCGUCUGUAUUUUCAUGGGGCUCCCCAGCAAUUGUUAUUAUAUUGUUAAUAUCAAUUUUUCCAUGGUCUUACUCAAACAGAUUUUCAGAAAUGAAUCCCAACAGUAAUUUUUGUUAUCCAUCAGGUUUGGCAUUGUGGCUUACUGUAUAUUUGCCGAUAUGUUUGAUUUUGUUUGUAAACUGCACGUUGUUUGUUUUAAUAAUUCGUAGCAUAGGAAUUGUUCCAAAGAAUCUAAGGUACCAAAGAGCCGGGGAUAAAAGGGAAGCGCUACACUGCGCUCGGGUGGGUAUUGUCUUAGCAUUUUUCUUCGGACUGCCAUGGCUUUUCGGUUUGUUUGCUCAUAAUAUCGUGGCGGCGUACUUCUUCACGCUCACAGCGACCACGCAGGGUUUUGUGCUGUUCGUUUUUAUAGUUUUAGGCAACCGCGAUACGAGAAACAUGUGGCUGUCGAAAUUGAGAUCCAAAGGUUUUAUUAAUAACACUACAUCCUCAAGAUCCAUUACAAUGUUAAAUUAAUUAAUAUUUAAGCUCAUAUAGUAUAUUGGAAAAUGUUAUAAAUACAUUAGUAGUAUUGUACUUAAAUUUGUACUU